AUGAAAGCGUUGCAAGAAUUUUUCUUUAUUCUCUUUCUUGUGUCUAGCUCGAAUUGUCUUCCGUUGAGCGACUUCUUUCCAUUUGGAUCUCAAGUAAAUGAUUCAAUAAUGGAUCAAAAUAAAACUAGUGAAGGUCCUUUUCUUCUUCCCUAUGGAUUCACCUAUUUUGACAAUAGUUACAAGGAAAUUUGGAUUAUUCGAAAUGGUUUAUUUUCUUCUAUUCAGCUAAAUGCCUAUGUUCCACCUCAAUCAUGGUCUUCAUUAAACAAUAGUUUGGUUGUGGCUGGAUUUUGGCAUGAAAAUAUUUGGUAUCCAGCCAACGAUACUGGAAACAUUAUUUAUUAUCAAAUUUACCAUAACGAAGUGGUGUCAAAUGGUGCUCGCCUUGUUUUCAAUAAGGCAAGUGAUUAUGUCCGACAGUUUUUUCCUCAACAACGUCCAUUCAAACCGAAAAUGGUCAUCACAGGCACUUGGUACUAUUUUGGUGUUAUGAAUAAUGGUAGCGAUGCACAGAAUAAUACCUUUCAAAUUGUAUUAUGUACAGAUGAAGAUCGCAGUUUUAUCUUUUUUCUUUAUCAUGAUCUCCAAUGGGCUAAUCCUUACAAUCAUUCUUAUUAUUAUGCUCAAGCAGGUUUUCACAAUGGCAAUAGAAAUGUGUCUGAACAACUUCCAAACUCAGGCACAGAAGAUGUCGUCGAGUUAAGCAAUGAAAGCAAUGUCAAUACACCAGGAUUAUUUGCUUUUCGUGUUGACGCAGAAACGAUUCAUGCAGGCGGAUGCCACGCGAAUACGUCCUUGGUUUCCUUUCGUCCUCGCACUAGUUCACAACUAGGUUCUACAGCUAUCACUAUUUAUGGUCCAUGUUUUACCAAUCAAACAAAAGUUAAAUGUCAAUUUGGUUCUUCAUCGUCAAUUGUCGAUGGAUUUAUUGCGGAUGAAUUUCGAGCUGUUUGUCUUACGCCAUUUGCAUCUGAACAUGGACCCGUGCCAGUAAAUGUAUCGAUUGACAAUGGGCGAACCUUUAUUUCAGCUGGUACUUUGACACUGACUCCGUUAAAAUUUGGUUCCGAUGAAGUAAUUAUUGAAACUGAAAGUAACGAUAACUUACUUCAUGUUGGACAAUAUAUUAAAUUAAGAUGGAUUUUCUCCGAAGUAAUUAAAAAUUCAUUUCCUAAUGAUGCAAAAAUAAGUAUAGAACUAUGGAAAGUAAGUCGCAAUUUUCAGUCGCCAUUACAAAUAGAUAAUGCACCUAUUGUACUUGCACAAAAUAUGAAUCUUACUAAUUCAAUUCGUGUCCAAUUACCUGCCAGUAUUUCUAAUAUUACAUCAUGCUUCAUAAGAGUAGUUGUAAAAUUCAACACUCAAACAUACACUGGAUUGAAUACAGGUUUACUCGUCGUUAAAAAUCAUCCAGCAUUGGCUCGUGAUUUAUGUCGAAGUUGGGCUUUACAACAACCAGAACCAUCAACAUGGAAUGAAAACGAUCUUCUACCAUGUCCUAUGACACGUCGGCAGGUGAUAGCCGCUGGUCGUUGCUGUUAUGUACCAGAUCGACAGUGUUCGCGUUUGAACUUGAAUGCGAACAAUUGCAGGCUUCAUCAAGCUCGUUCUGGACGUAAUGAAUCUUCCGCUGUCGAAUGCUAUGUGUCUAUAACUUCUAAUCGGCAUGGUGCUGAAGCAGAAUGUUGUUAUGAUGCUGCCGGUACAAUUAUUACACGAGGUACCGGUGCAGGAACAGAUAACCGAUACGGACAAACCAAAUCUCCUGUUCAACAUUUUUUCUAUGAUACUUUACCAUAUUUGCAAUGUUGUAUGAUGAAUACAAGUAUCGAAGAGUGUAAUCUAUAUAUGUACUAUCGACCACCACGACGAGGUAGUAAUACAAUGGGUGAAAAUGGUCGAAUGUGGGGCGAUCCACAUUUCGGAACGCUUGAUGGAAAUUCAUAUACUUUCAAUGGCUAUGGAGAAUAUAUUUAUCUAGCUAUUAGUAAUGCUACUGCGCCAUCAGCUGCUUUCAAUUCAAAUAGUUCAUCGUUUAUAUUCAUGUCACAAGUUCGAACUGGUCCUAUAGCAUCAAGCGAAGCGACAGUGACAAAAGCUUUUGCUGCUCGAACUAAUAGUAUCGAUGAUCAAUCGAUUAGUGUAACUAUUUCUCGUCGUGAACAACUUGUUAUACGUCGUGGUGAUGAAAUUCUCGAAUUCGAAGAUAACACUGAUAGCUUUUUCUUUCCGGGAAUGACUAUCGCUCGACUUGAUAGUAAUAUGAAUGGCACAAGUAACUUCAGAAUUUCAUGGAGUAUCGGUGUGACUAUUGAAAUAAGUGUAAUUCAAAUAUCAUCACCAUCGAAACAAUUAGUACUUAAUGUAGCCGCGUCAGUUGCCGGAAUUUUUCGAGGAAAAACAUAUGGUCUAUUAGGUACUUAUGAUGGCAUAGCAAGUAAUGACUUACGCAGUAAAAAUGGAAGUAUCAUAAGUAGUAAUGCUACAAUUGAACAAAUACACAAAGAUUUUGGUAUUACUUGGGCUAUUGACCCAACUUCCUCAUUGUUCUACUAUGAAUCCAAUCAAUCUGCUCAAUUCUUCGAACAAAUGAAUCGUGCAUAUCUUCCAUCAUUUACUGAUCCAUUAUUAACGAAUAACUCAACAUCUCGUGAAGUUUGCGGCAUAGAUGCUGCCUCUUUACCUUCAUCAUGGGAUAUGGCAGAACGAACAUGUUACUAUGAUUUAUCGAAGACGAAUGAUGCUAAUUUUGCUGAAGCAUCUUUGAUUGCUGGUACGAACGUUCUCUGGGAUCGAACUUUUCAAACAAACCCACCUUCAUUCAAUUCAGCGCUUCCUAUACGUAUGAAUUUGAGACAGGAUGAUCAAGUAAAUUUAAAUCUAUCUGCAUCGAGCGAAUAUCCAUCGCACAUUGUCGAAUUAAUUGCAAUAGGUGCACCUGUAAACUCAACAUUAAACCAAACUACAGGUAUCUUUACAUGGAAAGCUAUUAAAGGGGAACAUUAUUUGAGUAUUCAGGCUCGUGAUAAAAAUUCUACUUUAAUAUCGAAACAUGAUAUCGAUUUCAAUGUAAAAGCAAAAGACGACAUCAAUAUAAAUUCUACUACUAAUCGUAUUACAGCAAUGACUACGACUAUAGUCGUAAUGCAAGUAAUAAUCUCGUUCAAGAAGUUAUGA